GAUUUCAAACACCUCUUUCGAACUGGACGAAAAGAACAUUCGAAAUCCUCUCGGGAAAUAAACCCGAAUAAACCGUUCUUAAUUUAAACAGCCAAAACAAACGCUUAGCUUGCGAAGCAGUUACGUACCUGUUGUAACUUCACAUGGAUGUACGAGUAAUACCGAUAAAUCCGCUGUUAACAACGCACAAAAGUUGCAUUUUAACACCGAAACGUUUAGAAAUUUUGGUUGAAUGGAUCGCAUCCAGUGUUUUUGGCGCUGAUAGAGCUUUAUAAUUUUCAGGAAUAUUAAACCAAUGCUGAAUUUAGUCCAAGAAUCUAGGCAAAUCAAAGUAUUAUAUUUUGUCGUACCAUUUACAACUCGAUUCCCCGUGAUAUAUUUUACUGCUGAUAAGAAACUGGAAACUGGAAAGUUUAGCAAAGGGUAAGGGAAUUUUCGCCACUCCUUUUCGAACGGAAAAGGAGAACUACCUUGGAGGUGGUCUACAAUUUUCGAAUGGAUUCUCCGGAAAAUCACUGUCUUAUUAGACUUUCAACCGAAACGCAGCAUUAGACCAGAUAUAUCUGCAGAGUUACCCUUUCCUCGCGCCAGGUCCCCCCACCGCCGAAGAGAGACAGCCGGCAAACUGGACUCGUGCUAAAAGUCGCGGGAAAAAAGAUAAAAUGGCGGAGAAAUGUGACUGAGGAGUUUAAAUAUGCCAUUAAAACCUUUUACCUUUGACAGAAAACCAGAUAUUCGGCUUGUGGUUUACGGGAAAACAGUUUACAAGAUAAAAGUGAUUUGUAGGAAGUCUUCUGACAGAGAAAGCAUUCGAAAGUUGUGCUCUGAGGAGAAAAACAACAAGGAUCUGGAGAGAGUUAUCUGCGCCAUUUUGAAUACUUAUGAACUCGUACCUGUGAAGACAGACAAUUUUGUCGUCUACCCUUACAAGAACCAUUGGGAAACCAGAGACAGAGUGCUGUUUUCUCAGAAUGGCCAACCUCUUGACGCUCAUCGGUAUGCUUUUACUUUGUACGUGGAAGUGAAAGAAGCAAUUACGAACCACAGUCAAAACACAAAGACAGGUCGAGUCCAGGGAAAACAAAUCGAUGAAGAAGCAAUUUCUGGUGGUGUCGAAGAGAGAGUAGUGACUGAGUAUGGGCAGAAAAACCGCCAUGAUGUUGAAGAGAAAGAUUUGAAAGAGUUUCUUAGAUUACAAAAGUUGGCGAGUGAAGAUGAUGAGCAAAGAGAUGAUAUGGAGGACGCUGCCGGCACUUCAGGACUACAAAAAGUUUUCAAUGCAUUGGUCUCGCCAGUGCGGUCCUUCCUUGGGCACUGACUGGUUGCAUUGUUGAAAAAAAAUAAUGGAAAGCCGACCUUUCUAUGAUCAUUUUGUAAGACAGUUAUUUUUGUCUCAAUUAGCUUAGCUGUAACAAGGAUUCAAAAACAGCCGAAAAGAGAUUUUCUCAUGUCCACGACCUACGGAAAUAUUAGAUUUUCAAAAAGCUGUUACUUGUAUUAUUUAACAAAGUUUAUAUGUACACUGCAUUAUACAAGGAAUGGUUUUAUAUUUAUUUGAGUAUGUACAUAUUUGAAAGAGAAUUAGAUCAAUUUGUUGGUAUUCUGCUAUGUUGGAGUAUAAGAUUACUUUUUAAAAUUAUUUUUAACUUAUUUCAUCUUAUCAGUACUUACAUAACCAGACAAGGGAUCAGUAGUUAGUACUUAUUUCCUCUUUUUAGCUCUAACGAUUGACUGCAGGAAUUUCACAUUAUGAGCAAAUUGUACUUCUGUGGAGGUAUUUUUUAUCCCAGAUUCUGAGCUUGUGGGAUCCAAUUUGAGAACAAUGACUUGUCAGUGUAGUUACUGUUUCUUUUGGAUUGCAUAUUUUCCCUAAAGCAAGCUACCUAUCAAAAUACAUUCAAACUCUGUUUUAUGGACACUUGUUAAAGGGCAGCAGAAUAUUAUUGACAGUGAAUUUUUCACCCUAGAACAAGGAACUUAUGUUGAGACCUGAGCCUGUCCAGAAGUUUCCAGACAACUUUUUGCAACUUUUUAAAAUUUUAAAAAGUUGCAAAAAGUUGUCUUGAAACUUCUGGACAGGCUCAGGUCUCAACAUAAGUGCCUUGAUCUAGGGUGAAAAAUUCACUUGAGAGAAUUGUUCUCUUAAGCAACUUUUUGGAUUUAUAACUAAUUUAUACCCAUUCUGAGAAGUCCAAGCAAAGAUUUGUGUACCAUUUUCUGGAGAUUUUAAGAGAUGUAAAUUUUUUCCAAAAUAUGUUGCUAGAAGACGUUAUGGGUGUCUGAACAUUUUCUGAAAUACCAACAAAAAUUACAGGUCUAUUACCUCAUACAGGUGCAAUAAAAUUGCAUCUAAGGCUUACUUUCGUAGGGAUAUUAGGAAACAACAUUGUGUUGUUUCAGAAAAUAUUCACGUCCCUCCCAAGGAGGGUUUUUUGGCUUGAAUCUGGGAUUUCUAGUUUUGGUUCAUACUUUCUUUCAAAAAAAGUUUGUUUUCUGACCCCUCCUCCUUGGAUU